AUGAUUAAAAUUCUUGAUUUUUAUUGUAUACGCCUAUACAAGAAGGUCAAUAGGAAAAUGAAAAAAAAAAGCACAGAGCAUUCCGUUUGCGAUGUAUGUGUGUAUUAUUCUUCGAGUGUCAAGCAUGCAUUCUACAUUUAUGAUUAGCCAAAAAACUUAUAAUGCAUAAGAAUAAUAUUUUCCAAAGAGAUUAAUAUUCCAGUAGAGUUGAAUACACAUAACCAAAAAAAAGCUCAAAGCCUUCUGUUUCUGAUGUAUGUAUUCUUCAAGUGUCAUGCAUGCAUUUCUAAAUUAAUAUUCUAAUUUUACACCAAAAAAUACCGAACAUAUUAGAAUUGAAUACAUAUAAUCAAAUAUCAAAAUUCACGUCACCAUACCCAUUAAUUUUUGAAUAUAAUAGGGAAAAACAUAUAUUUCCCCCAAAAUAUGAUUCCUACCAAUCCAAAUCCAUGCCUAUAAAAUAAAUGCAAAAAAAAAAACCCAAAUUAAAAAAGAAAGAAAAAAAGUCAAAAAGGGAAGAAAAAACCAAAAGUCGUUCACUUGUGUAUCUUCUAAUCUCUCUGUUUACUUUGGUCUUAAGCGGCGUGUGUGUUUGUAUGGACUCAAGUGUCGUGCAUGCAUUUCAUGCGUUUCUUUCCUCUCUAUCCCCCCCUUGCAUGCUCCUUCUCUUCAUCCUCUCCUCUCUAUUUAUCUGACCCAUAAUUUUAAUUUUACAUCCAAACAUUAAAAAAAAAAAAUCACCCAAAAAAACCUCGUAGCCUCUUCUCCUCGCCGUUACAGUCUCCCCUCUUCGCCGUCCUCUUAUACUCUCCGCCGCAACUCUCAUUGAUUGAACCUCCUCUGAUCUCUAACGCGACUUUGAUUUGACCCACGUCGAUGCAUGCUCAUGCCUAGUCCCUUCUCCAAUUCACGUCGAUUUCACCUCCGAUUCGUCUCUCCAUCACUUCUCUAGGGUUCUAAGUUUUUCGAUUGGGAUUUGGAAGAAAUCUGGUGGUGGGUUCGUGGAAAGGUUCAGACUUUGAAGAUGUUCCAAGUCAAAACGGGGUCAAAGAUGUGCAUGAACGCAUCGUGCGGCUCGACUUCUACUGUUGAAUGGAAGAAAGGUUGGCCUCUUCGAUCUGGUGCUCUCGCUGACCUCUGCUUUCGUUGCGGAUCGGCUUAUGAGACUUCUCUUUUCUGUGAGACAUUCCAUUUGGACCAAUCUGGUUGGAGGGAAUGCUAUUUAUGCAACAAGAGACUUCACUGUGGAUGCAUUGCCUCUAAGCUCGUUGUGGAGUUUAUGGACUACGGUGGUGUUGGUUGUAGUACCUGUACUAACUGCCAUCAACCCAACUUGGGUAAGAUAGGUGAGAAUCCAGGUCUGUUUAGUAGAUUGCCAAUGAACAGGCAACAUACUAAUGGAGAAAAUGGAAUGAAUGUUGGCAAAGCUGAUCUCUUUUCUCAGCCACUAGUCCAGGGAGAUGACAAAAGAGAAGAGUUCAUGCCUCACCGUGGGUUUAGUAAUCUCAUAAAAACAGAUAGGCUGGACGGUGGGGAAAUACUUGAAUCAUCAUCUACACCUUCACAGCCACCGUCUUUGAAUAUGCCUUUGGCAGCACUUCCUUAUAGCCUUAAUUUUGCAACUGCAACAAAGAAACUCAUGGAUGCUUCUUCUCAGCCCCACGCUGUCCAAUCCUCUUCCUCUAGUAUACUGCAAACACCUUCAAAAUCAGUUCUUGGAACUCCUCCUGGGACUAGCAAAUCUGCUCAGGCUCGGAUUGGUAGGCCUCCUAAUGAAGGGCGUGGGAGAAGCCAUUUACUUCCUCGGUAUUGGCCAAAGUAUACUGAUAAAGAGCUUCAGCAAAUCUCCGGAAAUUUAAAUUUAAACAUUGUGCCUCUUUUUGAGAAAACUCUUAGUGCAAGUGAUGCUGGUCGCAUUGGUCGUCUCGUUCUUCCAAAAGCCUGUGCAGAGGCAUAUUUUCCUCCCAUUAGUCAAUCAGAAGGCAUUCCAUUGAAGAUCCAAGACGUGAGGGGGAAGGAGUGGAUCUUCCAGUUCAGAUUCUGGCCCAAUAACAACAGUAGAAUGUAUGUUUUAGAAGGUGUCACUCCCUGCAUACAGUCCAUGAUGCUACAGGCUGGUGAUACAGUAACUUUCAGUAGGGUUGAUCCUGGUGGCAAACUAAUCAUGGGUUUCAGGAAGGCAACUCAUACUAAAGACAUACAGGGGUGUGGUCUUACUAAUGGUACUUUAAACGAGGACACAUCAUCGUCUGGUGUUACAGAGACUCCAACCUCCAUAAACGCUUCCUCGUGUCCCUCACAAAACCCUGAAGAACUGAAAGGUCUGCCUGAGCAUUUAAACUCAAAUCAUGGUGGUAGUAGCUUGAAGAAGAGUGAGGUGAAUGGAGUUAAAGACAAGAAGAGGACUCGUACUGUGGGAGCAAAAAGCAAGAGACUGCUUCUUCAUAGUGAAGAAUCUAUGGAGGUGAGAAUCACAUGGGAAGAAACUCAGGAGUUGAUUCGUCCUUCUCCUAGUGAAAAGCCUACCGUUGUAGUCAUCGAGGAGCAUGAGUUUGAAGAGUUUUACGAACCUCCUGUGUUUGGAAAGAGGACAAUUAUCACUUCAAAACCUUCAGGUGAACAAGAACGAUGGGCAUCUUGUGAUGACUGCUCUAAAUGGAGAAAGUUACCUGUAGAGGCUCUUCUCCCUGCAAAGUGGACAUGUUCAGACAAUGUUUGGGAUGAGAGCAGGUGUUCUUGUUCUGCACCUGAGGAGAGUCUGAAGGAGCUUGAGAAUGUUCUUAGAAUGAGCAAAGAGUACAAGAAGAGAAGAACUGGGGUGAGCCAGACAGUAAGAACUGAGGAAGAACUGACGGGUCUGGAUGCACUAGCGAGUGCAGCAGCCUUGGGGGACACUUUAGGGGAAGAAGAGGAGCCUGCGACAACUACCAGACAUCCAAGGCACAGGGUUGGAUGCUCUUGCAUUGUGUGCAUUCAGCCGCCGAGUGGGAAAGGCAGGCACAACUCGAGUUGCCUGUGCACGGUGUGCAGCACAGUGAAGAGAAGGUUCAAGACGCUGAUGAUGAGGAGGAAGAAGAAGCAGUUAGAGCGGGAGGAAAUAGAAGCAGCGGCGGCGGCGGAUCAGGAGAACAAGGAGGAUGGGAAAACAGGGAGGAUAGAUUUGAACAGUGAUCCUUGUAAUAGAGGAGAGGUUGAAGCUGUGGGUGUGGAGGAGAAAGACGAGAGUGGAAAAGGAGAAGCAGGGGAGUGUUUGGGCGUGGCACAGGCCGGUGAUGUUGUAGGAGUAACGGAGUUAGAAGGAGAGGGUGAGAAAAUCGGUGAAGAGUCGAAAGGGUUCCCCGCUUCGCGGGUCAUUCCCUGGACCCGGUCAGGCAGCAGGCCAGCUUCACCCGGGAGGGUAUUCCCUGAGCCCGAAGGUCCAGUACCCGCUUUUAGUGACAGGGAUGAGCAGUUCGUUUCCGGCUGGCGUCGAACCCGGAAGCAUGACAAUUGGCCCCCAAAUCUCUAACUAGUAGAGCUGACUCAUCCUGUCAAAAGUCAAUGUUUUUUCAUAGUUUUAAGCAAACAUAAGCUUCUGGUUCAUAAGAACAACAAUGACCAUCUUCUCCUUUUGCACUUUUUACUCUUUUUUAAUGGUCUGUGGUGAGUUUUGGGUUUAGGGUUUUAGUGUUGUCUCCGUUAAUAUUGCAGAAGGCAGAAAUGGUGCUUCCGUGUUUGGUGAUCAAAAAGUUGGAAUAUUUUUGUUUGUGUUGUAGUUUUAAACCUCACAUGGGAAGGCAUUAUGUUCAAUUAAGAUCC